AGAGGCCGGUACGAAAGAUUUCUGGAGAGUAUGUUUUCCUCAGGAUGAUCAGAAGGGAUACCAUAAUCAUCCGAUGACUUUGUAUCCCGAGGGUCAUCGACAGUUCAGCGGACUGAGUGAUUCGUCGAGGCAGAUCGUCCGUGACAUUACAGGUGCCCAGGCAAGACCGGCGGUAAUAUUGGCAGCGAUACAGGAUCAAAACCCGUCUGACGACGCGACUCGUCAACAGGUUUACAACAAUAGGUCUAAACUUCGAUCAGAGAGUUUGGAGGGCAGAGAUGUGACUUCCCAGCUUAUGCAUCUGGCUAGUCGGGCUAAUUACAUAGUUUUCACCGAUUCUGAUAAGGAGACACACACCUUGACACGUGUGUUCAUGUCGCAUCCCCAGACAGCCCUUCUCUUUCAGACCUAUUAUCGGUACGUCGGUAUAGAUUCGACGUACAAAACCAACAA